UAGAGAAUAUAUUCGGCAACUUAUUUAAUCUCUCUCUCUCUCUCUCUCUCAAAAGAUAAGAGCUGAAGCAUAUAAAAACAGAAGAAGCAAUCUUGUUUUGGAAGUUUCGUGUUUGUAAUAUAGUGGUGUACUUACACAAACUCUGUAAAGCAGUAACAGUGUAAGUGAGUUAUAGGAUUCUCAUAUAUCCAAAUUAAGAUGUUGUGCACAUCUCAAGCAUCCACAGCCAUAUGUUUGAGCAUGGAUCAGAUCGUUCCUUCUUCUUCUCCUUCUUCUUCUUCUUCUUCCACCGAUCAACUAGGUGGAAGAGCCAUUGAUCGACACAAUCCGAUCAUCCGAGAUGGCCGAAGAUUCACGAGACCGCUCACUUCUCCUCCCUGUACUUCUCAACCACCACCCAUCAACCCUAAACCUUACCAAAAACUUCCCAAGCCCAAAAAGUCUUCUGCUGAUGCCAAGAAGAAAACCAAAGCUUCUAAUAAUGACAAGAAGCAGCUUCCAAUCGCUGAUAAUCCUAUUAAGCCAAUUCCUUCUGAUGCUUCUAGCAAAACCUCAGCUUAUAAUAAGCCUAUUACCGUUGAUUUUUUUACUCCACCUGGUUCUUCGAGGUAUCUUCUGAGUGAACUAAGCUUUUUGGAUUAUGAUCCAGUUUUUUCUUUGGUUCCUGCAGCUCAGACUCGCAACAAUGAUAUGGCUAAUUCAAAACCCUCUUCUUCUUCUUCUUCUUCUUCCUCAGACCAGGUUGUGGUGUUGAGGGUCUCACUGCACUGCAGAGGCUGUGAAGGAAAAGUGAGGAAGCAUCUAUCCAGAAUGCAAGGUGUGACGUCGUUCAACAUAGAUUUCGCAGCGAAGAAGGUGACGGUCACCGGAAAUGUUACACCGUUAGGUGUUCUGGCCAGCAUUUCAAAGGUUAAAAACGCACAGUUUUGGCCAUCCGCACCCGCUGCAUCCGCUCCAACAAUUAAAAAAUAAUUAAAUUAUUAAUAAUGAUAUUGUACAUGCAUGAUUAGUGUUUAAUUACUUAUUAAUUAGCAGAAUCAGAAUCUUGUCAUAUGCUUAGGAGAAAGUAAAGAAAACUAGUUAAUCACUUGCA